AUGGAGGGACGGCGGGGCGUGCGAACCGAGGCUGCCGCCGGGAUCGAGGGGCCUGCCGCUCGUCGGGGAGGCGCUCGAGUUCUUCACGGCGUCCCCGACCCUCGAGCUGCUGCCAUUCUUCAAGCGACGGUUGGAGAGGUCAUACACGAAGCUCUUAGGCUGGCAAAUAUCGCUCCAGUAGUGUUCCGGAAAGCAAAGCAGGAUGUGCAGAUAAAGGGUUACACUAUACCACAAGGAUCAAAGAUCAUGAUCUGUCCAUCUGCGGCUCACAUGAAUCCGAAGGUUUACAAGGAACCUUCAGUAUUCAAUCCGUGGAGAUGGAAGGGUACUCCUGAGCCGGUUGGAGGCUCCAAGAAUUUCCUGGCCUUUGGAGGCGGUGUGCGGCAAUGUGUGGGUGCUGACUUUGCCAAGCUGCAAAUGUCUAUCUUCCUCCACUGCUUACUCACCAAGUACAGAUGGAAAGCCAUCAGUGGAGGUACCAUGGUGUUCCAUCCAGGGCUGCGAUUUCCUGACGGCUUUCACACCCAUCUUCUUCCAAAAGAUUGA